CUAUCAGAUAUGCACAUUCACUUACGUAGACGUAAUCAAGCUACUGGAUCCGAACCAUUAUUACCUGAGCCGGAACAAAUUAUAGCGGGAGCUGAUGACCCUGAACCAAAUAAUCCACCAGAAAUAGAUAUUUGGAGCGUAAUUUUAUCAUUUAAAGAAUCAGUUGAUUUAUUCCUUCGAUACUUGUGGUGUAAACUUCAUCUUCGAGUGCGUAACAAUGAGGUAGGGAGCUGGCAUAUAACAGUUGAAUGCAGUUCAUUGCAAGUCCUUGAAGGAUUGUGGGAAGAUUAUCGCAGUGGUCAUCUUAAUUCAGUUGCCCAGGAAAUUCUAAUAUCACCACAAGUUUUGGAGAAACUUGGUCUUACUGCGCUGAAGCUGAAGACUUAUAUUUCCGAGGAUCAGUAUGAGAAAGGGAAAAAGCUGUUGGAGGCGAGCUCAGGUGAUUAUUGCGAGUUUACCAACAUUGAAGUUUAA